CCUUGGCUUCACAACUUGGUGGUCACAGGCAACCCAAAUCUCACAAAGAGAACCACUGUUUCAACACUUUAAGAACAACAACAAGAAGCACAGUAUUGUAAWAUGGGAUCAGACAAUCGAAUSUUACAAACCUGCCGUGCCCGCAGCAAAUCAUUGUGAGUGCACUUCGGUUSGCACGACSUAUUGCCUGCACGAUACCGUGCUCGGGGUUCKCUAGAAURGAAUGGAACCAUUCCAGAGCUACCGRGUAGCUUUUGCGAAGUCCCCAAACACAAAUUUCUUGCCCUGUCCCAAUUGGCGUUCUCGUCAUUUCUCUCUCUAACUUUUUUGUAUUCUUUCAUUCGUUCUUGCGUCAUUGCUUUCCCUUUGAUUGAUUCUGCCUUUUCGUUCGAAACACCGCCGCUGUUUGUGUUCCGUCCAUGGGCGCCGCAUUGCCAAAUGCCAUUUUUUCUUUGUAUUCGUUGUGUACUCUACUUGUGACCGAAUCCAAUGAUUGCAUCUCCUGCUACCAAAAACGACGUUCUUGUCUGAUUCCAUUUGUCAUCAGCUUGACCCCUACCCGCAUUGGCUUGAUUGCUGCAUUAGCGGUUGUGUUUGUGGUCUUUGCGUCAUUGAUGGGUACUAAAAACAGAGAUUCAGAGCUCCGGGGAGGCCAGGCUGCUAUGGAAAGGGCCCAAAACAUGGACCAUUACAACGACUACAACUGGAUCGAGCUGCCUACCGAAGUACAAGAGGCCGCAACGACUUUGGGCUACAAUCAAAAUACGUGGGAUGACUGGGACGAUCCAGAACUUUUUGAGGGAGAAUGGUCGGAGUUAACACACAAAGAAAAAUCUGCGGCACAGGUUCUUGGAUACAGCGAAGAAAUCUGGUGUAUGGAAUACGAKGGUAUUUACUCCUCAGGCACUAGUUYUCCGUCCCAAGACAAUAGUAGUGGAGGCUCUGAUGAAGCCUCGUCUGAUGCCUCUACUGAUGCGACGGAAAACUCGAGCGCGCAAAAGAACGACGCGUAAGCCAAGAUUUGUAUUCGAUGKGUGCAAUUCGUGCAAACGUGUAGAAGUAGCAUUWGGCAACCGCCAAUUGAAAAGAAAAAGGGCAACUGCACACAUACUUGGUGGCUUCUCGAUCAAAACUAAAGAAUGUUUGGUAACUUCGCGACAUCGCUGUUGCCGGCAAAAAAUUAAAUACACAGUAUGGGAUGGAAUGAAGUUACUCCACGAACGAAUCGCAUUUUAGACUGAAAAACUAAUUGCAAAAAUAUUAAAAGUGAACACGAAAAUCAAACGCAUAUUGGAAAAACGGCCUCAAAAUCAUAGAAGUAAUCUUACCAAUCUUAUCAUCACAACUGCUCACGAAAGGGCUGGGUUUGGACUCCCAGACCUUUCGUAUAAAUGAUUGGUCCUGCAAAAAUUUUAUUCAUAUUUUGAUCUCAAUGAACUUGUUUAUGUUCAGCGCUCWGCGUUUUUCCUGUUCAUUUUCGUCGGAURCAAGUUGUGUUACAUAMUUUGUCGUAGAUAAUCAAUAUGAGGUUUGUUCCAGCUGCAUCAAUAAUACCAAACAACCAUGAAACAUGUUGCAAGCUCGAUGUGAAGCUACCUUAUUUGAUCAACGAAAAACGGUCAAUUUUWUUUUYAAAAUUCAUCUUUUUAGUUAGUUAUUAUCAUGUGCUAAAAAAUUACAGUAGCUUGUGGAUUCUACACAGYUGGUAGAAUAGUUCCGACGUUUCAAAAAGUUUCCCAUCAUCAUAUUUCUUUCAUACCCGGAAGGAUUAUACGAAUUGAGAGAAAUUUUGGAAAGAUUAAACAACGGUCGGAAGGUCUGCUUUGAUAAGCAAGAUAUUCUUGGUUCUCGCAUCGCCCCUUGGUACAAGAUGCGCAAAUGCAAUGAUCGACACGAACACGAUUGCAUUUGCAAGUGAAAGCUGGUGUUUGCAUGUUCUUUCCUUAAUUGGCGGCCUUGAAUCCGAGUCCAUUGGCCUCACCGUAUUUCUCCAUGAAUCGCAUGAAUCGGUCCCAUGCUUCAGGAGAGUUCAUGACAUAAGUAGAUUCGAUAGAUUGAGGCUUUCCGUUGGAAAACCUAGCGUUGACGUCGGUUGUGGAAAUUUCACCCUCGUCGUCAAUCAUGAACAUUCCAGUGACCUCACCCUCUGAAGUGGUACUGGCAUCGAAGACAUUGGGGGCAUCGAAGAAGAAGGUGGCAACUCCACUCGAUCCAUCCUUGGCACGCGUUAGUUUGACAUCAGGGACGCACUUCUCGUCAAAMCCCUUGAUGAAUUGGAUGGAUCCGUUCAGCUGAGAACUGCUGACAGCUUGUCUGGYGGCAGGCACAGGCGCAAAUGCACUGGUGAGAGAUGCUGUGGCGGCAAGAACAAAGGCUGUUGUGGAGAAAGAUUUCAUUUUGGAAGGUUUGAAGCUUUAUUAUUAUUUGYCGUGAGAUUUAAAUUUUGUGUGYUUUAUAAGGAGSUKAGAACGUCCUGAUGAAAGACGAGAUGCAGUAAUAGUUGUGACUCGAAGGUGUGUUCGAAUGAUAGCUGAGUUGUUGUUGACCACUCAUACUUCAGUUUAAUUUGCACUUCGUAUCGGUACCACUCUGUCCGUAUUGCAGGCAUCGUACCUCGUGACUUMACGGCAGUAAGCUACGGUACGGCAAYCGGCAACGGUCUAAACGAUGAUUUCAAUGAUCGUGUCGAUGACGAAUGUUCGUGACGAUGCGUGAUGACUACAAAGAUACCAUACUGUAAACAGGUAGCGCCCUUGUASGUACGGUAGUGUAGUUUAGUACCAGGCAACGGUGAAACGAUUGUGCAGAUGGAUACGAGUACCGUGGUGAGAGACACGUGAUUUUGAAUGCAUGCGCUUGUUCACUCUUUGUUUCUUCUGAAUUCGAGCACUGACGUUUUCGUCGUAGAGUUGGCGCAUAAGAAACAUUUAAAACAUUA